AUGACCACCGCAACAGCCGCAUCCGCUUCCGCGGCCCCUGCAGCGUCAGCCUCGCCCGAAGCUGGCCUCGACAACCAUACGGAGCCUUUGCCCUCGGCCGACGGUCCCCGGAGGGGAAGCCGCGUCAAGAAGCCCACCCGCCGAGCUUUGGGCCAAGACGCGCCGCAAGCGAGCACCGUCGCAUCCAGCGACGACCCCGCAGCCAGGCCCACUCGUCGCAGCUCGAGGAUCAAGCAUCCGGAGCCUCAAGAGCCAUCGAAAGACGCCAACGACGGACAAGGUAAGAGCGCGCCCAAACCCACAAAGCAAGCGCAGGAUGGUGCCGCAUCUGUGCCCGCGGGCGGCGACGAGGACCAGGAUGACCAAGAUGACGACGCCGACGACGCCGUCUACUGCAUCUGCAAAGGCAAGGACGACGGGACCCCGAUGAUCUCCUGCGAAGGCUGCCACGACUGGUUUCAUUUCAGCUGCGUCAAGCUGACAAAGAGGGCGGCUCGCAACCUGUCCGAGUAUCUCUGCCCGUCGUGCCUAGAGAGCGGCCGCGGCUCCAAAGACGAUCAAGGCAACACGGACGGCGCAACCAAGGCGAAGGCCACGGCCGACGAUGAGCGCAGCGACGGUCAGCAGAGUCGGGCAUCCUCUGCUGAGACGACCGCCGCCGAGUCGAGCGGUGACAGCGGCUCAGAGCACGUUGAGAGCGGGCAGGAGGACGCCGAGGAUGAGGAGGACGAGGAGGACGAAGAUGGAGGCAGUGGCAAAGCGACCUCGUGCGCGAAGCGAAGCCUGCCACAGUCGUCGAGGACCCCGAAGCGAAGGCGCACCGAUAGUGACGCGACUGCAGCUAAUCACGUCGACAAAGCCAAGGCUGGACGUCGCCCGUCUGUCACGGCCGCCUCUCCCUCUGAACCGAGACCUCGGCCUGGCCUUUCGGUGGGCAAUGCCGUGAAGAGGAAGGACUCGGAGGCAGCUGCUCCCUCGGCGCGACAGAAGUCCUCCAACGGCACCAGCCUCGGCAGCCCCACGCGUCGACCAUCCGUCUCGGCGUCCAAGGGCGCCAAGGCGCCUUCGGGCACCAGCAGGAGGAACGCCUCUGGCGGCGCCGCUCCGCGUGCCUCGGGCCUCGACGAGGUCGAAGCUGCCCGCGCUCCGGCCCGCCGCGUCAUCACGAGCGUGCUCGAGACAAUCUUCACAGACACGUCGCUCGCCCCGAUCCAAAAUGCAGGCGGCACCAUCAGCCUGGACGUCGUCGAGCAGUCCAAAUCGCCGGGCGAGCGGGCGCGCGAGUACGCCGAGGCGUUCGAGCAGGAGAUGUUCGAGCUCACUGCCGAGCAGUCUGGCUCCACAAAGGCCGUGGGCCAGAAGUACCGCGAGAAGUUCCGCACCUUUCUCUUCAGCCUCAAGGACAGGCAGAACCAGGGCCUGCACCUGCGCAUCGCCAGCGGACAGCUGCUUGCCAAGGACCUCGCCCACAUGUCCAAAGACGAACUCGCCAACGAGAGCAUCCGGCAGGCCACUGAAAAGGCAAAGCAGGAGGCGCUCCACCGCAUCACCUUGCUCAAGACAGAGGAAGGCCCUCACCGCAAGAUUACGCACAAGGGCGAGAUUGAGAUCGAGAGCGACACUUUUUCGAGCCAGGAUCAAGGCGGCAAAUUCGCGCAGGCCCGGACCGAGAACGCCAACGUGGGUGGCCAAGCCGGGGCGGCCAUCUCAUCAAGCACCGAAGCGUCCACAUCCCAGGCGCCAAAGCCACGCUCAGCAAGCACGCCCCAGGUCGAAGCUCCUCAACCUUCUGCAUCCGCGUCCGCAGAUCACCGGUCCUCGGCAUCGCCGCCGUCUGCCAGAGGUGUCGUCGCCAACGUUGCUGGCCUCGAGCAGGAUGUAGGCUCCAGCCCAGCGUCCCGAACUCGGGCCCUAAGCGCCACCGUACUGCAGUCUCCGACGACCAAGUUCGACUUCUCGAGCGUCUGGAGCGGGUCCGAAAGGGUGCCGUCGGCGGGCAUCGCCCACGGUAGCGCCGACGAUGCAGCAGGACGGUACGGCCUCGAUGGAGCCGACGACGGCGCCAUCGACGUCUUCCAGCCCGACUUCCCUCCCGAGGUGAAUCUGUCCCAGGGCGACGGAUCGCCGUUCGCGGGCGAUCCAGGCGGCGCUGCAGGAGACGCCGACGACUUCAUCGACACCUUCCUUGGCGGCGAUGAGGAUGCCUCUCGGCCUGAAGUCGCGGAGCAGGAAUCACGACCGAUUCGAGCGGCCAAGACCCCCGAGGCCGAUCCGCCGAGCGCAUGGAUGCACCGCUACCGCCCCGUGAUCUGGGCGGGUUCGAUGGUGUUGCCCGAUGUGGGCUACUUUUGCGGCCUCGCCCGCCAGGUUGCUGGACAGGACGUCGUGGGGCAGCCCUGGGUGUGGCCCUACUUUUUCCCGACGAGUCAAAGCGUAAUCGAGGGUCGCUUGCCCUCCAAGAUGGCGGCCGACUAUCUGAUGCAGGUGCGGACCUCGGCCAAGACCAGGAUCAUCGUCUUCACUCUGGAGGCCAACUUUGAUCCGAUCGCCGUGGCGCCCGCCGGCGCCGAAGCCGUCCACAGCGAGGCAGCCAACACGGCCGCAUUUGCAAAGGUUGUGGAGCACUUCAAGUCGCUGGACCGCUGGGGCGUGCUGCACAAGUCGACGCGGGCCCGCGAUAGCGGGAUCCUAAAGGACGUCUACCUCGUGCCACUCCAGCGAGAAGAUCCGGUGCCUCUCUGGCUGGACCUCGUCGAGUCCGACGCCCUGGGUCCGGACUGGGCGCAGCGCCGGGAUCGCGAUCUCUUCCUCAUCCCCAUCGUCGUGUACGCGGGCGCGAUCGAGCACGAGGCGCAAAGGCUGGCGAGGGGCAAGCGCAGGUCGGUGACUCAACCCGAGCGCGAGGCCAGCAUCGAUGCGCAGGCGGGGCGCUCCGCAUCCAGCAGCGCUACGCCGGUGGCGCCGGCAGCUCUGGCAGCGGCUUCCCUUCCGCCGAGCCUGGCGCAGCCGGCGCCGCCCGAGGCUGGGAUCACUACCACGGCCCUCCAAGAUCUGCUACGAUCGAUCAGCAAAUCCACGUCGAGCUUGCUGGAACAGGGACCCACGCCCCCGCAUCAGCCAGCGGCCGCCAGCUCGACCAACAUGUGGUCGCCGAUGCCGGCCCAGCACGCGUCGAACCCCGAUGCCACGCCCUGGUCACCCCUCCCGCCGCCGCCGGGCCCCGCCCCUCGGCCGCCACCAUUCCUAGAGAAGGUCGGGGACAGCCGCGGCGGCAACAGUCCGUCUCAGGUUGCUUCUGGCCCCGCCGGAGGCGGUUACGAUCCUCACACGGGCUGGGCGGCCAAUCCGACGGCGCCUCCAAGUGCUGAAGGACCGCCACACCGAGGCUGGUCUGGCGCCCCGCAGGCAAGCCAGUACGGCCCCUACGGCGGGGGCGCCGGCCAAGAGGGGCCUGCCACUUCUGCGCGGUGGAAUCCUGGCUUCGCCGGCCAGGCGCCUCCGCCACCUCCGGCUGCGAUGGGCUAUCACGGUCCGUCGGCGCCCGCAUACCCGCCGCCGGGGUCUGGCACGCACGGCCCACCCUACGGUGGCCCCGAUAGCCGGGGCGCGCAUGGUCCUCCUCCCGCUGGGUGGACGGGUCAGCCUGCGGUCGGUGGCUCGCCCUAUGGUGCCCAUGGCCGCGGCGACCAGCCGUCGCGAGGCGUUGGAGGGGGCUGGGGCCGCGGCUGCGGCCGAUUCUGA